UUUUCUGACCCACACACAUCAUGGGUUGGUAACAAACAUAAGGACAACUAAAGGGCUAAAUUUGCACUUUUGCACUCACUUGUAUUAUUGUGAAUACAAUAAUUUCUCAAAUGUUAGGAUGCACUGACCAUUUGAGACUGAGUGCAUAGGGGUAUUUCCUGAGCUACUUACAGCAACAGGUGCCCUAUUUUUCGCAUCCCUGUGGGGGGUCCUGGCACAAAUGCAAUUUUUAUCGUGACUCUUACAGGAAAGACACAGAGAGACAGCGUGGUGCUUCCCAUCGGAAAACUAUUCCAGACAAGGGAAUUGACUCUGCUUACAGGCUGUUAGUACAUGAGAGACAUGGAAGCACGGUCCUCCACCAUCACGACUACCAUAGUUGAGAGCAAGAACAAUGUGAACGCUCUGCCUGUUCGUUCGUCCAAACGCACCAUGACAGAUAACCUGCACUCCACGUUCAGCUCCCCCAUGGCCUGGAUUCUGGUGCUGGCUCUCAUUGUAACCUGGUCGGCCGUGGCCAUCAUUAUGUUUGACCUGUUGGACACCACAGGCCUUGAAGCCCAUACAUUACACUGUGACGACCCCUGUUUACCACCUGGACCUCAGUCGCACCAUGUCAGGAAAACAUUAAAGGAUGCAGGCAGCCUUAGAGGGGGUAUACAGUACAUCGGCCCUGAUCCCAUGAAGGCAAUGAAUGAGGCCAUGGAUGACUCCCCCGAUUGGAUAACGUCAAUGUUGACUUUUAUGACUAAUUUGGUAGCACCAGAAGAGGAGGAGGAUGAUGAAGCUUUACAUCACAGCGAAGAGAUUUGAGAAAGGAGAAUGAGGAAUUUUCUACCUGGAACUGUCGACCUUAACUCUGCGUGCCACAUGUGUGUGAUUCUACAAAAUAAUAAAAAUCGAACAAAACUGUACAACCCA